CCAAGCACAACCCAGCGAACCAGGAGUAACUAGACAGAGGAAGAGGCACACACAAAAAAAGGAAAAAAAAAAAAAAGAAAACCAUGGGGCUGAAGAACACAAUUUUCUUGGCAUUGAUUGCUUCGUUGUUCGCCAAGGAAGCCUUGGCGGCUCAAUAUGAAGUUGGUGGAAGCCAGGGUUGGGAUGAAUCCACAGAUUUUAAUACAUGGUCUUCAGGGCAAACAUUCAAGGUCGGCGAUCAACUUGUCUCGUUUUGCAGUUUUCAAGUACAGUUCAGGGUUGCAUAGUGUGGUUGAAUUUGGCAGCGAAAGCGACUUCAAGAACUGUGAUAUUAGCAAUCCAGUGAACUCCAUGAGCAGCGGGAACGAUGUGGUGAAAUUGAACAAGGCAGGCACGAGGUACUUCGCUUGUGGAACCGCAGGUCACUGCGCGCAAGGCAUGAGGGUGAAGAUUACAACAGUUGCCGGGAAUGCACCCUCGACGCCUUCUUCAUCGUCGUCAUCUUCAUCUUCCCCUGCUUCGACUGCUUCCGCAGCUUGCGCUUCGCAAGGGCUUGCUGUCUCCAUCAUGCUAAUUUUUGCAUUCUUCGUCGUGUCUCUGUUCGGCUCGUAUUAAGGAGUGAAGCUCGCGUUCGAGGAGAAAAAAAAAAAAGAAAAAGAGUUUAAAUUAGAAUCACGAGUGUUUUGUGUGGUUAUUGAAGAUUGAGAGGGGAAAUAUAUAUAUAUUUCCUUUUAUUUUAUUAUGUCCUAGUUAAAUAAAAGUUGUUGCGACUUGUGAGAUUAA